UGCUGCCGCCGCCCGACUACUGGCCUUCUCGCUGGCCUGCUUCUGUCCCUCCCGGCUGCCUCUUCCCUUCUGCCCCUGGGGUCCUGCUGCUGCUCCUGCCACCGCCCCACACCUGGGAUGCCCCGCUGGCUCUUCCUCCCGCGGGUGGAGCGCAUGGCGCUGGCAGAACACCCCCCCCCCGCGCGCGCGCGCGCGCCAGGCCGCUUCACAAACGGAGGGUUGCCGGUGGCGCCCGGCCCCGAGGGCUAGCUCGGCUGGGCCGGGCUAAGGCCUGAUCCGAGCAGGAGGCAGCGGCGCUUCCGAAGGCCGGCUGCCGGGAACCGAGGGGCCGGGAGGGCCGGGCUGGGUUCGGCGCUGCUCACGGGCUCGGGUUUCCCGUAAUGGGCACCCGGUUGGCCACUGUGAGAACGGGGCGCUGUGGGGCCCCCUUUGGCCUGAUCCAGCGAGACUGUUCUCGGGUUCAAGGGUAGGAAAGGUGCACGUGCCAAAAUUCAUCCUCUCAAACCACUUUAUUUUAAAUGGCUUUUAUCGCGGGUCGGCGGAGUGUGGGUGUGUUGAGGAUAUGGACAUAUUGCCGGGGUGCAACUAGAGAGCAAUGAUAGCAAGCGGAGCGGGGCAGAUUGCCGCAGCUGUUGACUCUCAUGCUUCUGCCCGCCGCCUUCCCGAGGCCUGUUGCUGAGCUUCAGUAGUUUGCCCCUCAACUGACAGAGGAGACGCUGGGUGGGUGACAGUGCCCUGGAGGGAACAGUGGCAGCAUCAGUACUGCUAGGUUUACUAUGUUGCCGACUGGCAAAACCCCACCACCAUCUUCUGCGUGUCUUACAGCGUGGCUACAGUUGUGAAGUUGCUGUUUACUCUGUGUUAUCCCAUGUGUUCCAGAUCCUAACCUUGGUUCCAAAAACAGGUCAUCCCUUCAAUUGCUGUGCCUCAAACUAAGUCCUGUAUAUUAGGUUCAGGGCACUAGCCCAUCUAAUCCAGCAUCCUGUUCUCAAAGUGGCCAACUGGUUGCUUAUGGGAAGCCUGCACAACCAGAGUGCAGCAGUAUUCUCCCCAUAUGCAACUGUCUCCAGCAGUGGUGGCAGAAUAACAGCCAUUGUGGCUGGUGGCCAUUGAUAGGCUUCUCCUCCUCCAAAAGGGGAAACGCAGAAUGAGGGCAUCUGUACUGUAAUCCAGCAUUACCAGUUGCCACCAGGCAUUGCCCACUCUGGCCUGUACAUCCUCCUGAUGCCUUCAGGCACCCAUUGUGGUGACCUCCACAUGUGGGACUCCCAGCUCCAGCCAGUAUGGCCAAUGGUCAGGAACGAUGGGAGUUGUAACCCAACAUACCCCUGCCUUUGAAAAUCAGAACCACUGGAAUAGGGGGAUCCUGCCACAAACCAGAGUCUUGGUUGCUAGUAUUCUGAUGUGGCAUUUGUGUUAUUCACAUCACCUUAGAAUUUGACUCCAUCCACCCCACACCCAGCUGGUGAUAACCUGUCUUCAUCCUCCUCUCUUUAGCUCCCUUCGUGGAAUUGGAGCCCAUCCCAGCCUGGCCUUAAUUUCCUUACAGUUCACACUUGGAGUAUUGGUCAGACUUGAUAAAGAGGGUGAUGGUAUCUACGCUGGUCUAGAAAUAAAAAUAUGACUAGCAGGAGGCAAGAGAGAGGCUUAUCAAAUCAUGUAGCAAGAAAGGUGUUUCUUCAUCUCCCAAGUUCUUCUCUCAGAACUUGAGAGAGCCAUAUGAGACAUGAUAGCGAAAAGGAACUUUCUGCUUCAGAGGCAGUAUACUUUUGAAUAGCAGGUACUAGUGAUGAACAAUGAUGAGUGCCUGUUGCUUUCCUUUUUUCCUUUCUAAAAUUUAUUAAAAAUGCAUAAAAUGGAUACAUACAAAUGCAAUAAAACAGAGAAUACAGUGCAAAGCAAAACAUAGUGUAACAACAGCAGUUCCAAAGCAGCUCAAAAAACCAGCCACAAUGUGUUGAUUAAAACCUGAGGAAAUAAAAUAGGUUUUUAACUACCUGCCUAUAUUAUAUGAAGCUGGUGCCAGGCAAAUGUUAUUUUACAUGGUCUUAAAACAUUGGCAGGCCAUAUAGGUUCUCCACAACAGGUUUGUGAGGCUGGUGGGAGAGCUUUACUUUCUUUUUCCUUAUGUAUAAAAAAGAUACCAGGUUUCAUCAAAGGUAUUUUCCUUUAUAACCCCAUUUGCAACUCUUCUAAGCCCAGUUAGUUGUCCUGAACUAGCUGCAUCCCAAAUCACUGAACCACAUCUCAAGGGGUAGCUGUUGCCUUCCUGGCUGGCUGGGUUUCCUGUAUCCAUAGAUGUAUUGGCAUCAUGGAAGAGGUGGACAAGAUCCUCAUACAUUCCCUUCGCUUCUCUGGGACGGAUAUCCCAGAGGAAGUGCAGAGCAUCCGGGAGUUUACCACCGAGUUGAUAGUUGAAUCUGUUGUGCGAUGUCUUCGUGUCAUCAGUCCUUCUGUGGGGUCCAGCCUCUGCCACAUCCUGCCUCCAGGGAUGUCGGCUCGCUUCCGAAUUGGCAUGAGCCUAGCGCAAGCUUGCCAGGACCUGGGAUAUCAAGGGGAAGUUGGCUAUCAGACCUUCUUGUACAGCAAUGAGCCCGAAAUCCGACGCCUCCUGCUCUUCCUGGUAGAGAAGCUCCCACGCGACGCCUCGGAGGAUGCCACCCAGCCUGUGGGCAAAUCAACGACACUUCACAGAGCCAUUGCUGCUGCCAUCAAGGAGCAACUGGCUGUCCCCUGGGUACCCCCUGCCUGCCGUACCCCCCGCUUGCAGCUCUUACAGGGUUCUUGCCUACUGAAGCGAUUCCAAGCUCAACCCUUGGUCCUGCCUCGAGAGUCGGACCCCUUUUGGGGGAAGGUGCCCCCAGAAAGGAAAGAGUUCUUUGUCAAGUUCCUGCCCCCCGUCUCAGCCCAGCUGUCCCAACCUGCAUCCUUGCUGCCAUCCCUGUUGGAGCUGAAUACGGCUGAGCUGAGCACAGCCCAAGACUGGGAGAACGAGUGGAGGAGCCAAGGCCUUGGAUCACGGAUGACUCCGGAGGAAUACCGCCAAUGGAAGCGUCAGCGGCUGCAGCGGCGCCUCCUGGACCAGUUCCGGCAGGCAUCUCCUCGUGCUGGGCCUGCCCACCAAGGAACAGCCCAUGACCUGAUUCAGCUCCUGGGUGCUUUUGGUGCUGGCCAUGAGAAUGCUGGGGCUCUGGCUAAGGGCUCUCGCUUCACCCACACUCAGCACUUGGCCUAUAAGCAGGAGGCAGAAUCGCCAGUGCAAGUGGAAACAUUGCCAAUGUCCCGGACAUCAGAACAGGACUUAAGGGAACAUCAGGCAACAGAACUGGAAGCUUUGGAAGGUGAACUGGGCCAUCUCAUGGAGCAGAUUGAGGCGCUUGAAGGCCAGAUAGCCACACUGGGAUUGACUCUCACACAGGUGGAAGGGGAGGUGCGGCAGCGGCAGCUGGGAGUGGCAGAGCGGGACCAGGUGCUGCGGGUGAAGAGGUGUGCUGUGCAGCUUCUUCCCGAUGCAGAGAACAACAUGGCUAAGCUGCAGGUGGUGGUGGAGAGCAGUGCACAGCGGGUCAUCCAGCUGGCUGCCCAGUGGGAGAAGCACCGGGUGCCUCUGAUCCAGGAGUUCCGGGAGCUCAAGGCCCUCCAGGACUCCAAGGAGCUGGAAUCAUCACAGCGCCUGUCCGAGAUCAGGGAGCUGCAUGAACGGAUCCGAUCUGCCGCAGAUGAAGCGAAGCGCAAGGAUGAUCUCUACAAACAGCUGCUUAUGGAGCUGGAAUCCCUUCCCAGGGAUGUCUCUCGCUCUGCCUAUACCCAACGCAUCCUAGAAAUUGUUGGCAAUAUUCGUAAGCAGAAGGAGGAGAUCACAAAGAUCUUGUCAGAUACCAAGGAGCUCCAGAAGGAGAUCAAUGGCCUCACUGGGAAGGUAGACCGGACCUUUGCUGUCACUGAUGAGCUGGUUUUUAAGGAUGCCAAACGCGACGAGGCUGUGAGGAAGGCAUAUAAAUAUUUGGCAGCACUGCACGAGAACUGCGGUCAACUGAUUCAGACUAUUGAGGACACGGGUACCAUCCUGCGGGAGAUCCGGGACUUAGAGGAGCAGAUUGAGAGUGAAACAAGCAAGAAAACCCUGAGCAAUUUGGAGAGGAUUCUGAGUGACUACCGGGCCAUGAAGCAGGAGAACGCAGCACUGCUUAGCCGUACCCGAGAGACGUGAAGCCCCCUUCCCCUGGUGGGGUACCUGACCUCUUUUUAAAUCAAGACUUUGCUGUGGCUCCAUCAAGGGGCCCAGGGAGUAUAAGCAGGGCUCAUCCUUCCAGGCUCUGCCUGCGUUGCAAGUUGCCUAAAACCAAGCCAAAGUGCAGCACAUUUUGAGGCGGAGGGUGGGAUUGGUCCCUAGUGCCAUUUUUCUGACAUAGAUUGUAUAUUGGAGAAGUAGAUGUGGGGAGUAAUUGUUUCCUCCAUUUAUUAUAUCCAAGCAAACCUAUCGUCUUCUCAAAAACCAAUAAAAUCUCUCUCUUUU